CGAAUGACGUUAACAUGGACACUGACAAUUCGAUUGAGCGUAUUGAACGAGACUUGAAGACCACUUCGCUGCCACUGCUCGUCACCAGCGACUCGCAGGAGGAUGCAAAUGAGACCACAGGGAAUCAAUUUCAGCAGCCUGACUGGCAGGUGGCUCUGUGGGCUUUGGCGUACUCGCUCAUCAUCCUGGUGUCCGUCACCGGGAAUGUGACGGUCAUCUGGAUCAUUCUGGCUCACAGGCGCAUGAGGACUGUGACCAACUACUUCAUCGUCAACCUAGCUUUCGCCGAUGUUUCAAUGGCAACCUUCAACACUUUGUUCAACUUCGUUUACGCACUGCACAACGACUGGUACUUUGGCCUCGGCUACUGUCGAUUCCAGAACUUCUUCCCCAUCACCGCCAUGUUUUCAUCCAUUUACUCCAUGGCUGCCAUCGCAGUGGACAGAUAUAUGGCCAUCAUCCACCCUUUGAAGCCUCGCCUCUCCUCCACCUCCACCAAGGUUGUGAUCGCAAUCAUUUGGAUUGUGGCUGUCUUGCUGGCGUUCCCGCAGUGCUACUACAGCGUGACCAGAUUUUACUACCCCAGAACUGUUUGCAUGGUCGACUGGCCGGAUGACUACGGAGGAACACACCAACUCAGCUACCAGUUUGCAGUGAUACUGCUGAUCUACUUGCUCCCCUUGCUGGUGAUGAUGGUGACCUACAGUUUGGUGGGCCAGACCCUGUGGGGGGGCCACAUCCCCGGAGAGGCGACGGACCACUACCACAGCCAGAUCACUGCAAAGAGAAAGGUCGUAAAGAUGAUGGUUGUCGUGGUGGUGACCUUCACUCUGUGCUGGUUGCCCUACCACCUCUACUUCAUAUUGGGAUCAAUCAACAGAGACAUUUACAAGCAACAUUACAUUCAACAGGUUUACCUGGCCAUUUUUUGGUUAGCGAUGAGCUCGACCAUGUACAACCCCAUCAUUUACUGCUGUCUAAACCAAAGGUUCCGUGCUGGUUUCCGGCAUGCCUUUUCUUGGUGUCCCUUCAUCAAAGUAUCAGAGGAGGACAAGAUGGAGCUGCAGCACACACACACCUUUAGAGUGACCACGACACACAGCCUACGCAAAAACAGCACGCGCGCCUCCAUCCAUGCAAACAACUCAGGUGAUGCAAACAAAAGUUGUGGGCAAGGAUGAUGCAAAGUUGCUGUGGCUGUUCGCAACGACUACAUGGACGUUCAUUGUGCAAAAAUUGUUGUUUGUGCAUACUCGCGUUAAGGCUCAUAAUAAAUACAAGAGAAGCUGUUAUCAUUCUUUCCUGUGAACAACAGUGAGUAUAUGAAUGGAACACUGUGUUGCAGUGAUGUUUCUGAUUGUGUUUGGUAACCUAAUGAUUGUUAUUUCCUGCUACUGUACAACUGGGGGCCACAGCAACUAUACUUUGCUAGUAGGUCAGUGCAUAUUGCUGUUGAACCAUUUACCUCUUGAGGUACACACAAAUGGUCCAAGACUACACUAUACUCCCACCUAUGAAUGAUCAUAUAAUACACAAAUAAACAAUAGCCCUUGUUGGCCUCAAAGGUAUUUGCAGUAUCACAAAAGUGAAUACACCACUCACAUUUUUCUAAAUACAAUAUAUCUUUUCAUUGGACAACACAGAAGAAAUGACACUUUGCUAUGUAAAAUGUAAAAGUCAGUGUACAGCUUGUAUAACAGUGUAAAUUUACUGGCCCCUCAAAAUAAAUCAAAACACAGUCAUUGUUUAAAUUACUGGCAACAAAAAUGUGUACACCCCGAAGUGAAAACCUCCAAAUUGGGCUCAUUUGCUAUUUUGCUAUAUCCUGGUGUCAUGUAACUUAAGUGCUAUAAGGUCUCAGGUAUGAAUGGGGAGCUGAAUUUGUGAGCUAAAUUUGAUGUUAUUGCUCUCUCAUACUGGUGACUCGAAGCUCAAUAUGGCUUAUCAUUAUGGCAACUGGAUUUAACAUUUGACUAUCCAGAAUUAACAUUGUAGAUAUCAACAUCUUUCUGACUUGUUCCAAUUACAUUUUGAACAGUUGGAGUUUUUGUUCAAGAUAUCUGUAAAGUAAUUGUGAGUUGUCAAAAUGACACACCGAUCUCUCUAAUACAGUUUUGCCGAGUCAAAACUGAAUUACAGAUGUCAUUUUUGCCAUUCAU